AACUAUUUGAUUUUUUUGACUUCACUAAGAUUUAUUUGGAAUUCUUGUAUUUAUUACAGCUCUUCUUGCAAGCUCUUUUUCUCUGAUGAUCCAGUGAAGAUUGUCAAGGCAAAAGGCCAGUACAUGUAUGAUGAGAAGGGAAGACAGUAUCUCGACUGCAUUAACAACGUUGCUCAUGUUGGACAUUGUCACCCUGAUAUCGUAAAAGCAGCCCACGAACAAAAUCAAUUGUUAAAUACAAAUUCUCGUUAUCUUCAUGACAACCUGGUUGAUUAUGCAGAGAGACUUUCAAAAACACUGCCUGAAAAGUUGUGCACCUUCUAUUUUUUGAAUUCUGGAUCUGAAGCUAAUGAUCUUGCCUUAAGAUUGGCUCGACAAUACACAAAACAUGAAGAUGUAAUAGUUUUAGACCAUGCUUACCAUGGACAUCUGACAUCCUUGAUUGACAUAAGCCCAUAUAAAUUCAGAAAUCUAGAAGGACAAAAGGAAUGGGUCCACGUGGCUCCUGUUCCUGACACAUACAGGGGAAUAUAUAGAGAAGACCAUGAAGAUUCAGUAACAGCCUAUGCUAAUGAAGUGCGACAUAUUAUAGAACGAGCACAUGAGAGAGGCAGAAAGAUUGCUGCCUUUUUCGUUGAAUCUCUGCCAAGUGUUGGUGGUCAAAUAAUUCCACCAGCUGGCUAUUUUCAGAAGGUUGCAGAGCAUGUGCGUAAGGCAGGUGGGAUAUUUAUUGCUGAUGAAAUUCAAGUCGGCUUUGGCAGGGUUGGCAAACACUUCUGGGCAUUCCAGCUUCAGGGAGAAGAUUUUGUACCUGAUAUUGUCACUAUGGGAAAACCCAUAGGAAAUGGGCACCCUAUUGCCUGUGUAGCAACAACAAACGAAGUUGCAGAAGCAUUUGCAGCCACAGGAGUGGAGUAUUUUAAUACAUUUGGAGGAAACCCAGUUUCAUGUGCUGUUGGACUAGCUGUGUUAGAUGUGAUAGAUAAAGAACACCUUCAAGCUCAUGCCACAGAAGUAGGCAACUUCCUGAUGAACUUACUCAAUCAGCAGAAAAUCAAGCAUCCCAUCAUUGGCGAUGUCAGGGGUUCUGGCUUAUUCAUUGGUGUGGACUUAAUUAAAGACCAAGCAGAAAGGACCCCAGCCACUGCAGAAGCACAGUAUCUGAUAACAAGGCUUAAGGAGAAAUAUAUUCUACUGAGUACAGAUGGGCCAGGAAGAAAUGUGCUUAAAUUCAAGCCCCCCAUGUGCUUUAAUAUGGAAGAUGCAAAGUUUGUUGUGGAUGCAAUUGACGAAGUCCUAACAGAUAUGGAAAAGCACUGCCUGAGCCAAGAAGAAACAUCCUCCUCUUUUACCUGA